UUGUCUCAUUCUUACUCUCACCGUAUAUCCAUGUAGGCGUUGUAAGCACAGCACAUCAAGGUUCCUUUCUUUCCGGUUAAUCGUCAGCAUGGCUCGUGGGCCCAAGAAGCACUUGAAGCGUCUUCACGCCCCCAAAGCAUGGAUGUUGGACAAGCUGGGGGGAGUCUAUGCUCCCAGACCCAGCACUGGACCUCACAAGCUCCGUGAAUCUUUACCUUUGGUAAUCUUCUUGCGUAACCGCUUGAAGUAUGCCCUCACUAACUGUGAAGUGAAGAAAAUUGUCAUGCAGAGGUUAAUAAAGGUUGAUGGAAAAGUCAGAACUGAUCCAAAUUACCCUGCGGGAUUUAUGGAUGUUGUGACAAUUGAAAAGACUGGAGAAUUCUUCCGUUUGAUCUAUGAUGUCAAGGGAAGAUUUACCAUCCAUAGAAUCACAGAUGAAGAAGCCAAAUACAAGCUGUGCAAAGUCAAGCGGGUUCAGACCGGUCCCAAAGGAAUCCCAUUUUUGGUGACACACGACGGGAGAACCAUCCGGUAUCCGGAUCCACUUAUUAAAGUGAAUGACACAGUGCAAGUUGACAUCGCGUCUUCGAAAAUCACAGAUUACAUCCGAUUUGAUUCAGGCAACCUGUGUAUGAUCACUGGAGGCAGGAACUUGGGGCGAGUGGGAACAGUUGUCAACAGAGAACGUCAUCCCGGGUCCUUCGACAUUGUACACAUCAAGGAUACCAAUGGUCACACAUUUGCCACCCGGUUAGUGAACGUAUUCAUCAUCGGCAAGGGCACCAAGCCGUACGUAUCACUGCCUAAAGGCAAGGGAGUCAAGCUCAGCAUUGCUGAGGAGAGAGACAAGAGGUUGGCGGCAAAGGCUGCCUCUGGUUAAGAUUUUUGAGAUUUUAUUAAAAAUAUUUAAAAACCUUG